UUUUAGUUCACGUUCCGCAACAUUCUAUCUUUUCCUGCUCAGUCUGGUGAGCCGUUAACAAACAUAAAUCUGGUCAAGUCAUAAUUGCAGUCUUUGGAUCACUCUAAGAAUUGAAUUGCUUCAAUUCCAUUGACGAAGCAAUUCUGUAAGACCUUAUACACAAUACCUAUUCAACGACUAUCGCGUCUCUUUGUUUCCCACCGCGCCAACCAUCGCGCUCCCGACAAGCGCCGGCCGCAUGUACGGUCCCCCUCCAUAACAAUUCAAGGCAGCUCACCGGGACAGGUAGCAGAGAAGUAACAAGGUAGCAAGCUUCUGAAGCCAGCUCACAGCUACCAAAGGUGGCAUCAACAAAUAUCUUGAACGCUGCUGUCUGCUUAUUUGUUACUUGACUCUCACAGUAACAAGAGCUACAAUUGAGUACCUGACCCAUAACACCCCAAUGUAGCAGGGCUGCGAGAACAAGGGACCCGGUCUCACGAACCCCUGUCAAACUGGCGUCUGUCUGUCUGCCUUAGUCCGUCGUUGCAACCGCUGGUGCUCCAGCUUUUGGCUCUGCCUGUUUCUUUAAACCUUUCCCCCUCCAUUCUAACCAUUCUCUCUCUUCGGUUCGGCUUUUGGUGAGCUGGUUUCGUUGGACGAACUUGCUUGCUUGCUUCGUCGCCGGAGUGUCAUUGAGCCCUUCAUUCAGCAUUUGGAUCUUCUGUAUUGUUUCUAUUUCAUCAAUCUUUCCUUAUUGCUGUUCGACUGGAUCAGACUAGUUACGCAGCCUCCCGAUCUUAGCACACUCGAUUCCAUAGGUCUCUUAACUGGCCGCGCGACCGCACAUCGACCGCCAACCGACAAGCUCAUCUUUUAUUCUUUUGCUGUCACGACAGCUGUUGGUAAUCUCGAAUUGUCUCCUGCAUCGGGUUUCGAUCGUCUGUCGACCUUGGGACUGCUGCAUCGCAAGGCUUUCUUGCGUCGACGCUUGGUUGGAGCUGCGAAUUGUCUUAAGGACCCCUCUGCCAUCGGAGCUCUCAACUACCACCGUCAGGGUAGCUUAAUAUUUUGAAACUCCACGCUCCCGUCAUGGCCCUUGAAGCCCCUUUGAGGUCAUCGACUGGAAGCCUACAAUUCCCUUUCGUUUACCCUCAGACAGACAUGUCUGCGCCCACAGAGAAUGAGAGCCGUCGCUCUCCAUUCAGACCAUUCUCUUCCCCUCCUCCUGCUACCGAUUCGUCCUCACUUCGACCCAAUUCUGUCAAUCGCAUGUCAAGUAGCUCCUACAAUGUCAUGAGUCCUAGUGACAUUGUGGGUCCUUCUCCAGUCACAUCUAAUGGUACUGAAACGACCGAGAUCGAGGACGAUGUCUCAGAGGAUAUUGAGAAGGAAGUUAGUGAUAGAAAGGCUACCCGUCGGUCGGAGGUCAGUGACAAUGGGCACCGCCGACAUUCUGGGCUAUAAACUAACUUGACCACAGCUCUUAAUGCUCACAACUAACUUACCGGAGAGUGUGCGCCAGUCCAGCAACGAGGAGGCUAUUUCUGUCAUUCAUGCACCAGAAAGCUUUUCCAGCUGGGCUGCUCCAGCUGCCGCCGCACCUCCAGCCAUGGAGCAAAAAGGGCCAAGUCCAAGGACAUCUCCAAAAUCAGAGGCUGAAAGCCUAGCCUCUCUCAAUGGCGGACAAGAGAAGACAUCGACUCAUCCCGUUCGACCUCCGAUUUUAACCGAUGUGAACCCUGUGCGGUACAGCAUCGACAGCGCCACACCCCGAGCUCAGGACCUGCAAUCCAUGCUGGAUGAUGGGGCCCGGCUACGUUCGAGUAGUACGAGUAGUCUCGAGAAAAUCGACGAACAAACCGAGGCUGAAGGUGACGACGAAGACUAUGAAUCGGAAGCCAUGCCGAUACCACAGCAACAAGACGAGAUCGAGACUCUACGAACAACUCUUGCUGAGUGCUGGACUUUGUGCAACAGUUUGUCUAAGCUCAGUUCAAUCAAUCGUAACCGCGCUCUUGGCAAAAAUGGCAUUCCUGAUGCCCACGAAAAAGCAUGGAGGACAUGUUGGAAACUUUGUCAGCGGCUUUACCACAGUCGAGAUGAGGACGUGAGCAAUUUCAAUGUCAAGGUCAACCUUGAUUUGUGUCGCGAUUUCUGUCAAGCGCUAUUCGAUGUCCGACAGCGUAAUGAUGAAGCAGCGGACUCGGUUUUGCGUGUUAGCUUUGAGCUCAACAACCACCUCUAUAGUGCUCAGGAUGGUACCCUACCGGAGCAGUUCCGAGAACGCACACUGGACUUCUACAUCGCGCUUUGUCAUCGACUAAUGAAGCAACGGAGUGAUCUAGCCGAGGAAACCGAUCAGUUGCUCAGGGCCUGUUGGGCACUUGCAGAGAUGCUCUUCAAUCUCAGGCAGAACAGAAGGGAUGGAAGACCCCCAGAUGAGGAGCUGCUGAGCUCUACUGUCCAAGCCUGCUGGGAGCUCUGCGAUGUAUUCCGAGACAGCUGGACACAAGUUCGACCUGAUAGGGGAACACCUCGAGCCGGGCACGCAUUUCCUCAGCAUCUUAACGAUCAGAGCGGCCGACAGAGUCGAGGAUCAAACCCAUCUUCAGUCCAUUCGAGGCACGAUAGUGUCAAGAGUGGGCGACAGGAAGAGAAACCAAGAAACCCAGCUGUUCCAGAAACCCCUGUAACCGAGUUCGAAGACACGCCCAUCUCUCCACAGAGUCGUUCGCCAACAAUGCCCAACAUUCUUGUCCUAGGUACUCCUAGUGACAAUAGCCGUGGCCGGUGGUCGAGUAGCGCGUCCAAUCUUUCCAGCUACUCAAAGAGCAGCACCAGGACUUCAAGCACAGCCACCACUACAGCUGCAUCGGAAGAUGCAAAUGUGACGCGUGCAAAGGUACUCGUUCUCCGAGCUGCUAUGAAUCUUGGCUUCAAUCGUGAUACCAUCCAUGAGCCCAAAGCUGCUGCUGCUGCAUUACAGAAAUUUGUGCAGGAUCUUCCUCCUGGAUCGUUUGGGUCCCUGAUCUCGCACUCGACAUUGCUAUCACAGUACAAAAACUCCGUCCUUACCGAUGCCAUAAUUCCAAGACACCACGCCUUGCCAGCCCGAGGCAAGCGCGUUACUGCCCAGGAGAUGGCCAAGAGUAUUCAGAUGAUGAUGAAGAGUUCACAGCGGUAUGCAUAUCUCCGAGAUCUCUUCAAGGUCGUUUUCCAGUUCCCGGUUGAGGAGGUCGACACACGUCGCAACGUCAGCAUUGUGGUGUAACAUGCUAUUCAACCAUAUUCAUAACCUUCUAUUUCGACGCAAUGGUUGCGUCGAAUUGCCUAUACUUAUGCCACGUUACGUCUAAUGUUAUUAUUUCAUACUGAAGAGUUUUUGGGAGUCGGAUCACAAGGAUUUAAGGACUAUUCUAUGCCAGCAUGCUUACACACACAUCACAAUUUUUGUAUCAGAGAUUGGAGAGACAUCCUGAAGAGGUUUAUGCGGUGGUCUGUUCGUUUCUACUUGCACGAGAUACCCUGUAGGAAGGCUCUAGCGGGCGAGUUGAUGAUAUGAGAGAGCUGGAGGGUAAGACCAGAAAUAUUUGGAUAAAUCAAUUCUCCAAGCUUAUAUCAAGAUGUUAUGAUUUAUUGUAUGGCGCAUCAGGAAUUAAGGAAUCUGAAAGGGCACGAGUGGAUUGAGAUAAGUGCAUGCUAUUUAAUUAGUUGUGCUAAGUGGCCUAAGAACUAGGUAUCCAAACCGAGUCUCUGCCUAUCUAGUUCUGUGGAUUUCAGCUUGGGUAUCAACUCUAACACAUGCGGCAGGCCUUAACGCCUCGUGAUAUGCAUUAAGCCCGCAGCCUUGGAAAACAAUUCUCAGAACGCUCAGCUGGUGUUUUUCGCCAAACGUGUAAUCCUGUCUGUGGAUAGGUCAAACAAAGGAAGACGAAUCACUGCCUUCAGGAGCGGCAAAGAGGCCCGGAUCUAUCACGGAGAAGGAAUAGGGUAUUUGAAAGAUCGCCAGUCCACAGGGACUGGGUUAUGUCAAGUAUAGUACACAAUGUGGGACAAUUCAGCUACCACCUCAGGAGCACGACUUGGUGAUGAGCAACUUCAGAUCUCAGGUGGCAUUGAGCACCUUGGGAUCGAUCGUGUUCACAUUGAUCCCCAUCGUCGCCACUUUAGUUCUUGGAGUCGUGUGAGGAACCUGAUUUGGCAACUUGGUGCUCAUUGCUGUCGCCAGAAGUGCCCGAAGCAGCAGAUUGCUUGCGAUCUUGUGGGAUUUUCUGCUCUGGAGUUUCCUCAUCCUGAUCUUGGGUGGGUUGCGGUUCGCUUUGUUCAACCGCUUGCUGAGCUGGUUCGAAGUACUCCUCACAGUACACCGGGGCGACGUCAUCUCGCCCGGCCAUCUCAGGCUCCUGAUCCUGCUCCUGCUUAUGCUCUUCAGUGGGUGAUACCUGCUGGGGAUACACAAAGUCGGAAAGCUGAGAAAAGUUGGAGAGGGGCAUAUCCAACUUAAAGGACGGUGAGUGUUGGGUAACGGGGGGCUCCUAGGCUCCGCCCCCUACGACCACGGUCUGCUGCGAAGAUGAGACUGGUGCGUGAGAGCUAGCUGUUGGCUGCUGUCUCGGAUAAGAGGCAUAUGAAGGCUGGACGUUAGGUGACUGAUGAGGUGUCUGG